AUGGCAUCAUCCACCUCCCCACGAACAUGGCGAUGCGAGGUUUGCCUGGAUGACCACAAAGACUACGCUUCAAUCAAUAUUGAUGACCACAAAUUCUGUACAGCAUGCAUCAAGCAACUCUUCGACAAAGCAUUGGCCCACGAAUUCCACUGGCCAGCGAAAUCGCACCGUACGGUCCUUCAUCCCACACAGUUCCCACACGUCGUGUCCGUGGGGUUCAUCACUGCCUACAAGGCCGAUGAGCGAGAGUACAAAUGCGAGAACUUCAGGAGAGGAUACUGCGCAGGUAGUGUCUCAGCUGCAGAUGGUAAAGGAGAAGCGAAACCCUAUGGCAUAUUCGUGGGUCGCCUGCAUUAUGGCGAGGAUCCGAACGUCUAUGCUGUUUCGUCCUGCGCCUCCUGCAAACAGAUGAGCUGCCUCAACUGUGGCCACGGCCUGGAGAGGUUGACAGAUCUUGGCUAUCACGACUGCGUAACUCGCAUCAGCCUGGCUUUGGAGAAGGCCAAGAAAGAGGAAAAUGUCGCAUUUGCCGGGCUGAGGCAAGGCAGAGACUUCCAGAUCUGCCCAAAUGAAUCAUGCCAACGUCGUAUUCAGCUGAGCGAGGCUUGCAACCAUGUGGUCUGCGCUUACUGCGGCAUGAGCUUCUGCUUCGUGUGUGGAACGCCACAGGCAGAGGACGGAGGACACUGGCAACGAAGCGGGUACCCAAGGUACAACUUGCCAGGCGAGGAAGGUGCAAGGCACGACGAUCAGAGCUUGGCUGGCAGUGACUACGCCGAAACCCAGCCGGACUCCAGACCCCACUCGCCUUUUGCUUGGGGUAAUGCUCGAGCUCUAGGUCAAGGAUGGGAUAACAGGCCAGCUCAAGGUAAGGUAUAG